CCAUUUUUCCAUUCUUCCAUCAUACUGUCUUUCUUCUUUAAUGGCUUGCAACCAGCAUAAGGUAUGGAGGGUGGCGUUUCUUCUCUCGCUGCUCUCCAUUUUACAAAUUUGCGCUCGUGGGGACCCUCAAGUGCCUUGCUACUUCAUUUUAGGGGACUCACUGUCUGACAACGGGAAUAAUAAUGGCCUUUCGACUAAGGCCAAAGCCAAUUUCAAGCCAUACGGAAUCGACUUUCCGGUGGGCCCUACCGGAAGGUUUAGCAACGGACGGACCAUUGUCGAUGUUACUGCUGAACUUCUGGGUUUUGGCGAGUACAUCCCGUCCUUUACAUCAGCAAGAGGUCGGGACGUACUCAAAGGCGUGAAUUAUGCUUCGGCGUCGGCAGGAAUCCUUGACGAAAGUGGAAAGCAACUGGGUCAAGCAAUUCCAUUGGGUGGACAGUUGAAAAAUUACCUUAAAACAUUCUCUCAAAUCUCCAAAAUACUAGGAGGUGGCACAGCUGCUCACAAGUACCUAAAUAAGUGCAUGUUUACAGUUGGAAUUGGUAGUAAUGAUUUCAUUAACAACUACUUCAUGCCAGACGAGUUCCGAACGAGUGAAUUAUAUACCCUAGAUCGAUUUGUGGCAACACUAAUUGAUCAAUAUUCUCAGAAUUUGAAGACCCUGUACAAGUGUGGAGCAAGGAAGGUAGCCCUUUUUGGAUUGGGAGCAAUAGGUUGCGCUCCUGCUGAAUUGGCUCGGUAUGGGGCAACACCCGGAUCAAUCUGCGUGGACAAAAUCAAUGAUGCAGUUGUACGUUUUAACAAAAGGCUUAUAUCACUCGUUGAUGAUCUCAAUGACAAUUACAAAGAUGCAAAGUUUACCUACAUUAACAUACUCGAAAUUGGAACUGGGGAUGCCACAGCCGCAGGUUUCAAGGUUACAAACAGUGGGUGCUGUGGUGGACAGAAGGGUUGUCUUCCUCUUGCAACUCCAUGCAAGAAUAGGGAUGAGUACACCUUCUGGGAUGAAUUCCACCCCACCGAUGCUAUGAACGUCAUUUUUGCUAACAGGGCAUACAAAGCAUUGACUCCCACAGAUGCCCACCCAAUUGAUAUCAGCACCCUUGCCAGUCUCUAAUGGAGACACCGCCUAGCCCGGCACUUGGCACAAUGGAAGUGGAGUGUCCAAUAACUUUUGUUGUCAAUAUUGUUGGUAGUCAGCAAACUUGAUGUACGUUGGUAGCUCAUUUUCCCCGAAGUUGAAGCCUUUGGGGCAGAGGGUAUAGCUCAUCGAUCAUAGCUUCAUUUCCCAGAGACCUAGCAUUCGGAUCUCUUGGUUUGUUUAUUAAUUCUUCCUUUUGUUACACCCCAUGCCUGACGAGGAAGCAUGUGAGGUGAAGUAAAUGUAAGUUUAAUUUAUUUCUCAUUAGCUUAUGCUUUUGAAGCAACCUGUAUCGUAAAUAAACUUCCUAAUUUCUGUGAA